AUGGCGAGCGUGGAGGAGCCGCCGCCGCCGCCGUGCGCCCUGGCGCCGGGUCCCGUUAGCUGGGCGCUGCUGGCGGGCGUGGGGCUGGCGCUGGCGCUGGGCUGGCUGCGGGGCCGCCGCCCCCGCCCGCGGCUCCCGCCGGGCCCCCGGCCCUGGCCCCUCGUGGGCAACUUGGGCUUCGCCCUCCUGCGCAACCCGCUGGGCCGCCUGCGGGCCGGGAGCGCGGCGGGCCAGGCGCCGCGGCCCCACUCGGCGCACCUGGCGCUCACCGAGCUGGCCAGGGCGUAUGGCAGCGUCUUCUGCUUCUUCGUGGGCAGCCGGCCCGUGGUCAUGCUCAGCGACUUCGGGGCCGUGCGCGACGCCCUGGUCGACCAGGCCGACGUCUUCAGCGACCGGCCCAGCGUGCCCCUGGUGACCCUCCUCACCAAGAAGAAGGGUGUGGUGUUUGCACCUUAUGGUCCAGUAUGGAAAAUACAGCGGAAGUUCUCUCAUUCGACCCUCCGCCACUUUGGAUUAGGAAAGCACAGCCUGGAGCCUAAAAUCAUUGAAGAGUUUAGGUAUGUGAAGGAAGAGAUUCUGAAACACGGGGAGAAGCAGUUUAACCCCUUCCCUAUUAUCAGCAAUGCAGUGUCCAACAUCAUCUGCUCCAUGGCCUUCGGCAGGCGCUUUGACUAUGACGAUGUUGAGUUUAAGACCAUGCUGAGCCUCAUGUCGCGGGCUCUGGAGAUGAGCUUGAACAUCCACAUCAUUCUGGUGAACAUCUGCCCUUGGCUCUACUACCUCCCUUUUGGUCCCUUCCGAGAACUGAGGCAGAUUGUGCUUGACAUCACAGCUUUCCUGAAGAAAAUAAUUACACAGCACAGGGAAAGCCUGGACCCCCAGAAUCCCCGGGACUUCAUAGAUAUGUACCUUCUUCAAGUGGAUGAGGAAAAAAAGACCAAUAGUGAAAGCAGCUUUAACGAAGACUACCUGUUCUAUAUCAUCGGGGACCUUUUUAUUGCAGGCACAGACACCACGACUAACACCCUGCUCUGGUCUCUGCUGUACUUAUCACUUCACCCACAAGUACAAGAAAAAGUCCAAGAAGAAAUUGAAUUGGUCAUUGGCCGGGACAGAUGUCCUUCCCUUGCUGACAAGGCAUCCAUGCCCUUCACGGAAGCCACCAUCAUGGAAGUUCAGAGGAUGACAGUGGUUGUUCCUCUUUCUAUUCCUCGAAUGGCAUCAGAAACUACUGUGCUCCAGGGAUACACUAUUCCAAAGGGAAGUGUAAUCUGCUGUAACUUGUGGUCCGUGCACAGAGAUCCCAGAAUAUGGAAGAACCCAAAUGAAUUCCACCCUGAAAGGUUUCUGGAUGAAAAUGGCCGGCUUCUCAAAAAGGAAACGUUCAUCCCUUUUGGAAUCGGGAAACGUGUGUGCAUGGGAGAACAGCUAGCCAAGAUGGAGCUCUUCUUGAUGUUGACGAGCCUCCUGCAACAUUUCUCUUUCCUGUAUCCAGAGGACUUGAAGAAGCCAUCAAUGGAAGGAAGAUUUGGUCUGACCUUGGCUCCAUUUCCAUUUAACAUAAUUGCCUUAAAGAGAUGAAGGCACACCAGAGGAGAAUGCUGCAUGAAGUUUGUGUUAACUCUUAUGAAAUUCAGGGCUAUAUAUUAAAUGCACUUCACUAGCAAAAUCACCAACCCUGAGCAGGGAUAGGGAACCUGUCGCCCACAGGCUGCCCAAAACUCAUCAAGCACUUUUCCCUUGGCAUGGGGACUGUUGAGUAAGAAUUGUGAACCCCUUUUGUGAGUGGAGGGGUGAGGUAGGAAUGAAGAUU